UGGGCAGGCGGGGCCCGGAGGGUGACGUCACGGGCUCCGGUCCCGGCGGCAGAAAUAGGGCAGCCGCGGCAGCGGUGGCACAGCGGCGGGCGACGGAGGCUCAGUGAGCUGGAGCUUGGACUGUCUCUAGCACGCCGGGGGUACCAGCCGACAGCCGGAGACGACCCAACGGAGGACGCGGGGGCCGGCUCGCUGCCGCUGUCGCCGCCACGGGGCGCUCCCUCCCUUCCACCCGAGUCCGGCCACCUGGUCUUCUUCCUCUCGGCCCCGGCCGCCGCAGACUGGACAAAAUGAAACCGGGAGGCUUCUGGCCACAUCUCGCCCUCCUCGGGGUCUCCCUGCCAGCUGUGCUGGGAUGGAUGGACCAUGGAGCCAGCAGAAGCCCGAAUGUGGUUCUGGGAGAGUCACAGGCAGAGGAAACUAGAGGCUUUGAAGUCACAAGAAGAGAAGGUCUUCCCAGCCCUGGGCUGUCAGCCUCCUGCGGGAAGAAACUCUGCAGCCACGGGAGCAGGUGCUUGCUUGACAGGGCGACGGGGCAGCCCUCGUGCCACUGUGUGGAGGUCUGCAGGCCCCGCUACAUGCCUGUGUGUGGCUCCGACGGGAGGCUCUACGGGAACCACUGUGAGCUUCGCCGUGCAGCCUGCCUGCUGGACAAGCGAAUUGUCAGCGUGCACAGCAAGGACUGCUUCCUCAAAGGUGACACGUGCGGCAUGGCUGGCUAUGCUCGGCUCAAAAACGUCCUUCUGGCACUCCAGAGCCGCAGACAGCCGCUCCAGCAGGGAACCAACAGGCAGAACCUCGCCUCCCAGAAGCGCCUCUUGGUGGAGUCACUGUUUAAGGAGUUGGAUACUGAUGGCAACGGCCACCUCAGCAGCUUGGAGCUGGCUCAGUAUGUGCUAAAGGAACAGGACCUGGACGGUUCCCUGAAGGGAUGCUCACCAGGUGAUCUCCUGCAAUUUGAUGACUACAACAGCGAUGGCUCCUUGACCCUCGGGGAGUUCUACACGGCCUUCCAAGUGAUUCAGCUGAGCCUCGCCCCUGAGGACAAGGUCAGUGUGACCACAGUGACUGUGGGGCUGAGCACAGUGCUGACCUGCGCUAUUCGUGGAGACCUGAGGCCACCGAUCAUCUGGAAGCGCAACGGGCUCACUCUGAGCUUCCUGGGCCUGGAAGACAUCAACGACUUCGGAGAGGAUGAGUCCCUGUAUAUCACCAAGGUGACCACAAUCCACAUGGGCAACUACACCUGCCACGCACUGGGCCACGAGCAGCUGUUCCAGACCCACGUCCUGCAGGUGAAUGUGCCACCAGUCAUCCGUGUUUAUCCAGAGACCCAGGCACAAGAGCCUGGAGUGGCGGCCAGCCUGCGAUGCCAUGCUGAGGGCAUUCCCAUGCCCAGGAUCAUUUGGCUGAAAAAUGGCAUGGAUGUCUCAGCCCAGAUGUCCAAACAACUCUCCCUCUUGGCCAAUGGCAGUGAGCUCCACAUUGGCAGUGUUCGCUAUGAAGACACGGGGGCCUAUACCUGCAUUGCCAAGAACGAAGUGGGCGUGGAUGAAGACAUCUCCUCCCUUUUCAUUGAGGACUCGGCUAGGAAGACCUUAGCAAACAUCUUGUGGCGGGAAGAAGGCCUCAGCGUGGGAAACAUGUUCUAUGUCUUCUCUGACGAUGGCAUCAUUGGCAUCCACCCUGUGGACUGUGAGGUCCAGAGACGCCUGAAGCCCACGGAGAAGAUCUUCAUGAGUUAUGAAGAAAUCUGUCCUCAUGGGGAAGGAGAUGCCGGCCAGCCUUGCCAGUGGGCAUCUGCAGUCAAUGUCAGGAACCGGUACAUCUACGUGGCCCAGCCAGCACUGAACAGAGUCCUUGUGCUCGAUGUUCAAGCCCAGAAAGUCUUACAGUCCAUAGGUGUGGACCCUCUGCCAGCCAAGCUGUCCUAUGACAAGUCACAUGACCAAGUGUGGGUCCUGAGCUGGGGGGACGUGCACAAGUCCCAACCAAGCCUGCAGGUCAUCACCGAAGCCAGUGCUGGCCAGGGCCAGCACCUCAUCCGAACACCGUUUGCAGGAGUGGAUGACUUCUUUAUACCCCCAACAAAUCUCAUCAUCAACCACAUCAGGUUUGGUUUCAUCUUCAACAAGUCUGAGUCUGCUGUCCACAAAGUUGACCUGGAGACUCUGAUGCCCCUCAAGACUAUCAGCCUGAAGCCCCAUGGCUGCAUGCCUCAAGCCAUGGCGCACACCCACCUGGGCGGCUACUUCUUCGUGCAAUGCCAGCAGGACAACCCCACCUCCGCCGGCCCACAGCUGCUCAUUGACAGUGUCACAGACUCGGUGCUGGGCCCUAACACUGACAUCACAGGCACCCCCCAUGUGUCCCCUGACGGACGCUUCAUCGUCAGUGUCUCCAACAAGGGCCCCUGGCUGCACGUGCAGGAGGUCACGGUCCGGGGGGAAAUCCAGACCCUAUAUGACCUAAAAAUAAACCCAGGCAUCUCAGACCUGGCAUUUCAGCAUUCCUUCACUGAAGGCAAUCAGUUCAACGCCUAUGCCACUCUCGACAAGGAGCCAGACCUGCUGUUCCUCGAGCUGUCCACUGGGAAAAUGGGCAGGCUGAAGAACUUAAAGGAGCCCCCCACAGGGCCAGCCCCACCCUGGGGCGGACCCCGCAGAAUCCUGAGGGACAGCGGGCUCUUUGGACAGUACCUCCUCACGCCGGCUCAAGAGUCGCUGUUCCUGAUCAACGGGAGACAAAACGCCCUGAGAUGUGAGGUGUCAGGCACAGAGGGUGUGGCCACAGUUGUGUGGGUCGGGGAGGUAUGAAAGGGUCCAGUCAGGAACCUUGGGUCCAGGAGUACCACCUAGUCCUGACACCAGAGCCCCAACCAGGCGCACUGUACAUUUUCACAGACAAAAAAGCCAAACCCUGUCCUUCGCUUUGUGGUUCAACAAUGACCUCCUUGCAAGUUCCCUAGUAUAAGGUAUGCGCUGCAACCAAGAUCGGGGGGUUUCCAUUCAGAAGUAUGAUUUAAUGCCUUGAGCUGUGACGAGAACACAUGCUAUGUGUGCAAGGAAAUCACCUCUGUUCCUGGCUGCACACCACGUCGCCUGGGGACACCACAGAACCGAGGGAUCCUGCUGCCCAGGCUGACGCUUCCGUCGGUUGCCUUCACAUAGUCAUUAUCCUCACCCGCCAGCCCCAGCCAGUGCCCUUGAAGGAGUGGCCUGGGCAGUGGGGUUGAGCAGGGCUGUCCCUCUUAGCGGGCUGGCCUUCUACCCCUGCUGGAGACUUCACUUGCCCCAUCCCGGAUGCUGCUUGCUUGUUUUUCCAGCUGAGUGCUAUACCCCUGCGGGAGAGCCUCCGAGACUUACUACACCUUGGGGAAUGGGGAAAUCACUUGCUUUAUUUUGGAAUUUUUUGAUUAAAACUAAUUUUUUUAUAAUCUCA